CACACCUCAUUUCUUCUACAGUUCUAAGACAUAGUCACUGUACUGCACCAAUCUUUUCCGAUGCUUUAUCUUGGCUCAAGAAAAAAUGCUACAACUUUAUUGCUCAAUGAUGAUUAAAAAUCCUGUUUUUCAAUCUCUUGGCAACACUCCCACCAUUUUAGUCCCUUCAACUUUUCUGGGUUUUUCUCGUUUCUUGCAAAGCCCCCUCAAGAACCCAUGUAGAGAAAGCAGGGAAUCCAAGUGUUACAGAGAGAGAAGGCUUGUGAAGAGAAGGGGAAGGAUUGUUGUUUGCAGGGCAUUGCUCCCAGUUGAUCCAUGGUCACCCAGCAUCGAUUCACAGAGCAUAGCUUCACAGCUUUUUGCUUUUUCUUUGUUUCCCUACCUUGGUUUCUUGUACUUCAUCACCAAAUCCAAGUCUGCUCCAAAGCUCACCCUUUUUGGGUUCUACUUCUUGCUCGCCUUUGUUGGUGCUACCACAGUCCCUGCUGGAAUUUAUGCAAAGGUGCAUUAUGGUACUUCCUUGUCUAAUGUGGAUUGGUUACAUGGUGGAGCUGAGUCGCUUCUUACUCUAACCAACAUAUUUAUUGUGAUGGGGCUGAGAGAAGCCCUUAGGAGAGCUCGAAAUGUGAAAUGAAAGAGAAGAGCGCAUUCCAUCUAAUUACAGGAGGGAAGUUUGUUAUUUUUCUCAUUACCUUGUUGAAGCGCUACAUAAUCUGCUGUAUCUGGCAAAUUUGUGGGUUCUCUUCUUGUUCUGCCUUCAGUCUGGAAUAUAUUCAAGAUAUUUAUGCUGCUCUGCUUUUGCUUGUGCUUGAGAGUUGUCCCCUCAACUAGAUGUACAGUUGAAGAAUGUGUUCCGUUUUGCUGUUGAGCACAUCAAAUAGGUUGCGUUAAGGACAGACAUCAGUUUAACAGACUGGUUUGUUUCUGCCAACCCAGUUUGGAGGUUCUUCCUUAAAGCAAUUGUAGUAGUAUUCCAUUGGAUUAUGAAUCAAGUUACUUACAAGGUGCUUAUGCAAAAUUAGAAUGAUAUAUACAGUUUCAGAGUACAUUGUUGAACAAGUUGCUUCUCUGUAAUAAUUUGGUUUUGAAAAAUAAAACCAGAGACAUCUAUGUAAA